AUGGCAUUCGUGUUCGACAUUCGCACACAGCUGGCAAACAUGACACAAGACUGGAUUGAACUGCGGACGGGAGAAAAGAUCUCACUUUCAAGAACUCGUACCUUUAAGGGCACUCGCGCACAGCGAAACAGCGAAUUGACCGAUAAAAUCGACCUCAACAAAGCACCUGAAAACUAUGCCCCGUACACCUUCAAUCUUUCGGACAAGUUCAAAAUUAUGGCACAGGAUGAGUUGCGCGAAGAUGACGAUAUGCGUGACAACGCACUGAAGCAGUUCCGCGAAUGGAUCGCCAAACAUCCACUGAUCCGCAAGUGUCGUACCGAUGCACCGUUCCUGUUGAGAUUCUUACGGACGAAAAAGUUCUCCAUUCCGGCCGCGACAGAGAUGUUCGAGAAGUACCUAACGAUCAGACAGGUCUAUCCGCAUUGGUUCUUCAAGCUCGACAUUAAUGAUCCGGAUCUGGAGGCGAUCAUCGACAGUGGCUAUCUGUUCCCGCUGCCAGAGCGUGAUGAGCAGGGCCGGAAGAUUAUCUUCUCCAACGCGGGAAAGUUUGAUACGAGUCGGUUCACCUCGGCUCAGCUGAUUAAAAUUCACUCGAUGGUGCUGGAGGCGCUACAGGACGAGGAAGAGUCACAGAUCUCGGGCUACAUUCACGUGACGGAUGAUUCGGAGCUGAAUAUUGGAUUUUUGGGCAUUUGGUCGUUUACGGAUAUCCGCAAUCUGGCCCACUGUGUGCAAAACUCGUUGCCGAUGCGUCAGAAGGAGAAUCACUUCGUUAACCUGCCCUCGUUCGCGAACAAGCUGUCCGAGUUCAUUCUGUCGGUGUUGAGCGAGAAGCUGCGCAACCGUGUCUUUGUGCAUCGAGGCUGGGAUGAGCUGAAGACGAAGAUCAAUCCGAAACUGCUGCCCAAGGAGUACGGUGGCACUGUGCCGGUGGCGGAGUGUGUCGCACUGUUCAAGAAGCAGCUCAAGGAGCGCCGUGAUGUUGUGCUAGCGUUGGACGAGAUGGAGAUCGAGAUCAACAAGAGUACGAUCCCGUGGGCUGACAGUACGGAUGCGGACAUUGCGAGUGGUGUCAUCGGAAGCUUCCGCAAGCUGGAAGUGGACUAAGAUUUCAGGACUCCCUCUCUCUCUGUCUCUCUCUCU